UUAACCGUGUUGCGUGCCGAAAAUAUGUUAAAAACACUCGUAUAUGCGACUCUACCUGUGGGGAAAUGAAUUUCCGUAGCCGCCCAAACGUUCGAUGAGCGUUACGUCGCUGGGCCUAUUGCUUAGCAACCGGAAGUAGCAACAGAAGCGUCUAUAGCAGUUAUAACACGCCUCACAUUUUACGUUAUACGGCCUUACUUACACACAGCUGCCUCGGCUGCGCGGGGUGGCAGAUGUCUCUCUCAAAUGUCGGCGUCCAAUGUCAUCGUCGGGGAUCGCGACUGGAGUGCGAGCCGCCCCUGCAUGGAUCUUCGUGACCGACGUCGCCGAUCGCGAAGACCGACGUCUUCCGGGAAACUGACGGCUUUCUCUCCUUUUCUUCUGUCUAUCUUCUAUAAAUUUGUCGUGAAGAAAAAGGGAUAAGGUUGCGCCGGAGACGGAGACUCCGAGAUGGCGUACAAACAGCAACCGGUUCAGGACGAGCUGGAGCUGGAGACGAUGGCGGAGGCCGAGCUCUCGAGGCUGAAGAGGCAGUACAGGAUAAUGGAGAACGAUCGGGCGGCGUGCGCGGAAGACGCGAGGCUGCAGCUCCGCAAUCAGCAGAACGCGAUCGAUCGGCUGGAAUACGAAAAGGCCGAGCUCGUGCUGGCGAUUAAGACCGCGCGAUCGAAAGCGUUCGCGCGUAAGGACGUGGAGAUGGACGGGAAGCUGAGGUGUCUGUUGACGAAGCGCGCCAAUUAUAUCGAGCUGAUAGAGAACGAGAAGCGACAGAUAGCCGAGCUCGACGAGCAGAUCGGCAAGCUUUCGAAGGAUGUCACGAGCAUGAAGAUGAAAGUGCGCACCGACGUGCAGUCGCGGGAGAUAGCGGCGCAGCACACCAAGACGAUACUCAUGCUGGAGAACCGGGUGGAGGUGGCGACGAAAAGGUUCAACCUGGUGAUAGCGGAGAACGCGAGGCUGCGCGCCGAGAUCGAGACCCAGCUGAAGGAACGGUCGCAGUUCAUGCAGGUGUGGAACAAGCUGAUCGGCCAAUUGAACACGGGCAAGCAGAUCAUCAACGACCUGAUCGAGCAGGCGACGGUCACGUUCAAUCAGCGGGACGAGGAGCUCAACAAGAUCCAGGCGCUUCGCGAGAGGGGUAUAAGGGACCUGAAGAACCACACGUCGGAGAUGUGUGAAUUGAAGAGAACUCUGGACAACGAGAUGAAGCUGCAGGAGUUCCUUGGCGUGAAGGGACAGUUCCGCGAGAUGGUCGAUCUGAACGCGAAGCGGGAAGCCGAGAGGCAGGCCAAGCGGGAGGAGAAGCAAAACAAGAUAGCGGCCUUCACGCAAAUCUUGCAGACGAUCAGACAAUUCACCGGUGAGCAAGAAAUCGACAAGCUCACCGCGCACUUCAUCAAGCAAGAGGAGGAGAAUUUCGCGCUCUUCAGCUACGUGAAUGAAUUGAACGACGAACUGGAAAGUCUUCAGGCGAGAAUGGAACAGCUGACGGCGGCCAUCGACGAGGCACGUGCCCUGAAUGUGCAUCGCGACCAGCAGCAGGCCGAGACCUUGGAUAAGAUCGCCAAGGAACUGGACGAACAGACAACGCUAGCGGAUGCUGCCGAGGAGGAUCUCGCCGAGUGCAACGAUGUGAUGGAUAAGCUGCUGCGGGGGAUCGACGGCCUCUUCAAGGCGAUACGUUGCGACAACUCGCCGAUUUUAGAAUUGCUGGGCGACAACACCCACGUUACCAUGAGCAACGUCAUGCUCUAUUUGGGCAUUAUCGAGAAACGUAUCACCGAGAUGUUCCACAAGGUUUACUGGGUGGACAAGGAGGGCAAAGUGCCGCAGCUGCGGCUGGACGAAGAGAGGAAGCCCAGGCUGAAAGUUCCCGUACUCAAUCGCAUCGUACCCACCCAACCCUGUGUUCUGUGAGCUCCCCCCCGCUUUGUUACCCUAUCAUGUUCCUUUAUUCCGUAUCCUUGAGCCCACAUCCUUCCGGUCUAUCGACGGGUAUCCUCGAAAUUUUCUGACAUUUCAGGCAUUUAAUCUCGAACGUGACAGUCUAAUUUCCGUUCGAUACUUAAAAUAGGUCAGCUCUUCUCCUAUCAAAACAAGGGAUUAGAAAUUGACUUAUAGUACACGAUAAUCGAUAGACAUCUAAUCAAUAUAUCAGUGAAAAGAUUUUUUAUUAAUUGACUACUUCGGCGCUAAAAACGCGUCAAGGAUAUCCGGGCCGCCUGUCAACUUCAUCUGAUUACUUUAACAUAUGCAGCUGCGUGGAGCAAGAGCAG